AUGAAUGGAGGUAGCAGACUACUCAGUGAUGAGGAGGGUGUCAGUGGAUGCGAGGACUGUAUCAGCAUCAGUGGGACCUGCAGUGACCGGUCUUCAGACACCAAGACUCUUCCCUUGACCCAAGUCUUGGAGGCACUCGGCACAGUGGAGAGCAGAGCUUCCUGCUUCUUUCUCCUACUUGAGACUCUGAGGAAGAGCACCCAAGGUGUCCGUUUCCUUAUUUUGCCAUUCCUAGUAGAGCAUGGCUGGACCAUUGGUCUUUUUGCUGUGCUGACCCUGGCGUUAUCAUGGGCUUCCAGUUGGCCAGCAACCACUUCAGCCAGCUCACCCUGGCCGUCCCCUGCCAGCCCUUACCCCAUCAUUGACCUCACAGAUGAAGAUGUGAUACCCCAGAGCAUCAGCACCUCAUCCAGUGACUUGAGCCUUGACGGCCUUCAGGAGGACAUGGAUACCACACAGGUGGAUGCAGAGAGCAGAGACGGGGACAGCCCUGAGUAUCAGGUCUUGGCUGACAAACUGUUGACCUGGGGGCAGCUCAGCCAGUCCUUUAACCUGGCAACCUUCUAUAACCUGGUUCCUCACAGGAAGGUUGUAUACCACACUCUGGAGAAAGCCACGGUGCGAGCUGGCAAGACCUUCCCCAGCCGCCCUGGAGACUCACUGGAGGACCAGCUGAAGCCCAUGCUGGAGUGGGCCCACGGGGGCUUCAAGCCCACUGGGAUCGAGGACCUCAAACCCAACAACAAGCAACCAGAGAACAAAAGUCGAAGACGCACAACCAUUGACUUUGCCGCUUCUGAGUACUCCACUCCUCCUAAGCGCCUCAAGACAAGAAGCUACAGUGGGAAGGACCGAGGGGAAGACGAGGAGAGCCGAGAACAGAUGGCUUCUGAUGUCACUAACAACAAGGGCAAUCUGGAAGACCAUUGUUUGUCCUGCGGUAGGAAGAACCCUGUGUCCUUCCACCCGCUCUUUGAGGGUGGGCUCUGUCAGAGUUGCCGGGAUCGCUUCCUGGAGCUCUUCUACAUGUACGAUGAGGACGGCUAUCAGUCCUACUGCACUGUGUGCUGUGAGGGCCGUGAGCUGCUUCUGUGCAGUAACACAAGCUGCUGCAGGUGCUUCUUGUGGAGUGUCUGAGGUGCUGGUGGGGGACAGGCACAGCGGAGGGAUGCCAAGCUGCAGGAACCCCUGAGCUGCUAUAUGUGCCUCCUGAAGGCCUGCCAUGGGGCUCGGCGCAGGAAGGACUGGAACAUGCGCCUGCAAGACUUCUUCACUACGGAUCCUGACCUGGAAGAGUUUGAGCCGCCCAAGUUGUACCCAGCGAUUCCUGCAGCCAAAAGGAGGCCCAUUAGGGUCCUGUCCCUGUUUGAUGGAAUUGCAACAGGGUACUUGGUGCUCAAGGACUUGGGUAUUAAAGUGGAGAAGUACGUUGCCUCCGAAGUCUGUGCAGACUCCAUUGCUGUAGGAACCAUUAAGCAUGAAGGACAAAUCAAAUACGUGGAUGACAUCCAGAACAUUGCAAAGGAACAUAUUGACGAGUGGGGCCCGUUCGACCUGGUGAUUGGUGGAAGCCCAUGCAAUGAUCUUUCCUGUGUGAAUCCCAUCAGGAAAGGCCUGUUUGAGGGCACUGGCCGGCUCUUCUUUGAGUUUUACCGAUUGCUAAAUUACUCACGCCCUGAGGAGGAGGAUGACCGUCCAUUCUUUUGGAUGUUUGAGAAUGUGGUAGCCAUGGAAGUUGGUGACAAGAGGGACAUUUCACGAUUCCUGGAGUGUAACCCAGUGAUGAUCGAUGCCAUCAAGGUUUCUGCUGCUCACAGGGCCCGAUACUUCUGGGGCAAUCUACCUGGAAUGAACAGGCCCGUGAUAGCUUCAAAGAAUGAUAAGCUCGAGCUGCAGGACUGCUUGGAGUUCAGUAGGACAGCAAAGUUAAAGAAAGUACAGACAAUAACCACCAAGUCGAACUCCGUCAGACAGGGGAAAAACCAGCUUUUCCCUGUAGUCAUGAAUGGCAAGGAUGACGUUCUGUGGUGCACUGAGCUCGAAAGGAUCUUCGGCUUCCCGGCUCACUACACGGAUGUGUCCAACAUGGGCCGUGGUGCCCGCCAGAAGCUGCUGGGAAAGUCCUGGAGCGUGCCAGUCAUCAGACACCUGUUUGCCCCCUUGAAGGACUACUUUGCAUGUGAAUAG